AUGCAUAAUUGCCAUCUCUUCUCUUUGCAGACACUCUGCAGACUUCACUCUUCCCUCCUCUUCUGUCUCUUCAUUUUCCUCCUCAGCAUUCGCUCCGUCACCCCCGUGACCCCAGCCACUCCGGUCAAGCGAACGCUCCACUUCCUGGCCAACGAGGGCUUCGCCCCGGUCACGCCCACUUCGUAUAGUCCGCAUCGCGUCCUGCCGACGCUGGUGGAUAAACCCCUGCCAAUCGCCAUCUACACGAAUAACGUCCAGGACCACUAUUCCCACCUCAACUCCUACUUGCCACCCCCUCCGCCCACUGCCCCGGCCAACCUCUACUUCCCGCCAGCUAUCAUCUCGCCCACGUCCAACGGCCUCGACGACGAGGAGUACUAUCACCACGAGGGGCGCCUGCUCAAGCAGUAUCUCGUGCGAGAGGAGAUCUACGACUAUCCCGCGCCCGAGGACACCAACCCACUGCGCGCCAAUCCGCUGGCGCAGCUCCCCGCGAGAUACGCCAACCAGAUUCCCUACUUGGUCAGCAGCAAUCUCCUAGUUGACCACCCGUUCAAGCCCGACCGACUGCACAAGAAUCAUGGCCCCAUCGCCCUAGGCUCUGGCUCUCUGGGCUACAUUCAACUUCCCAACGGAGUCUUCUUCCUCGGAAGCGGCUCCCUGGGAUACAUCAGCCAGAAGCAGUACUAUGACUCCCUGACGCCGGCGCGAGUGAGGCAACUUCAAGUGCCAGGACCGCUAACGUUCGGUCACAAUGACCGAUGAGCCUAAACCCCUUCCUUACCAUUAAGAGCACACCUUAAAUUAUAUUAAACUAGUCGAUAGUGCAUCAAUGCAGAGAAAUUGAUAUUCAUUUUCAUAAACAAUAAAAAUCCUU